ACUUUAUUUCACCAUUGAAGACUCUCAUUCUAUCUCUAUCAAGAAAAAAGAAUGAAUCUUUUUGUUAUUUUCAUGGUGGGUUUUCUUCCAUUACUCUCAAUGGCUAAUGGGUAUGGUACUGGAACAUGGAUCAAUGCUCAUGCCACCUUCUACGGCGGUGGUGAUGCAUCAGGAACAAUGGGUGGAGCUUGUGGGUAUGGUAAUUUAUACAGUCAAGGUUAUGGAACAAACACAGCUGCUUUAAGCACAGCUCUUUUCAAUGGAGGACUAAGUUGUGGUGCUUGUUUUCAAAUCAAGUGUCAAAGUGACUCAAAAUGGUGUCUUCCAGGUUCAAUUACUAUAACCGCAACCAAUUUCUGCCCUCCAAAUUCUGCCUUACCAAACAACGCCGGCGGUUGGUGUAAUCCUCCCCUUCACCACUUCGAUCUUUCACAACCUAUUUUCCAACGCAUUGCUCAUUAUAAAGCAGGAAUUGUCCCUGUCGCAUACACAAGGGUGCCUUGUAGGAGGAGUGGAGGAAUAAGGUUUACAAUCAACGGUCAUUCCUACUUUAACCUCGUACUCAUCACUAACGUUGGUGGUGCUGGAGAUGUUAUUUCUGUUGCUGUUAAGGGUUCGAGGACUAAUUGGCAACCCAUGUCGAGGAAUUGGGGGCAAAAUUGGCAGAACAAUAAUUAUCUUAACGGUCAGAGUCUUUCGUUUAAGGUCACUACCAGUAACGGCGUCAGUGUUGUGUCUUAUAAUGUUGCUCCGGCGAGUUGGUCAUUUGGGCAGACCUACACCGGUGCCCAAUUCCGUUGAAAUUGUCUAAUUUACCCCCUCCCUAUUAUAUAGUCACUAAGCCGUAAUAUUAUUAUUAAUAUUAAAGUUAGUAUAUUGAAGUGAAAAUAGAAAAAGGGUAUACUUUUAAAUGGACCCUUUUGUCAUUUUCAAUUCUAUAAGAAGGAUUUGUUCCUAAGGUAAUAUAAUUUUACCUUGAGUGAAUGUUUGGAACAUGUUUUACUUAAAUGUUUAGAGGGGAAAUGCAAGCAAUUUAUUACUUAU